CCCCUCUUCCUUUUACGGCGUCUUCAUAAAAGGCGCAUUGAACAAAACACCCUCUUUUUUUGACACAUUCAAGGGUCUCCUAUCACCAGACUUGGAAACGUAUCCUGAAAGCCUUGCCGAAUAAAGCAUCCAUUGAACACAAUCCCGUACAAAGCAAUAUAAUCCACAAGUAUCCUGCCUCUUGACAAAGAAAGCAGGGGUAUGUGUCUUUAUAGGAGCCGUCCAAGUAUAUCAUCCUUUGUUUGUCCCCACAGUAUUAGACAAACUGCCGAAGUUCAUUGUACAGGUACCAGACAUGCAGCAUAGGACUAUAAGUGGAGCAUGGAUUCCUUAUCAACAACACCUUCAGGCUAGUCUCCUCGAGCACAUAUACUUGGAUAUUGGCUGGCAUCAUUCUUCACUAUGAGAACUUUCUUCCUCCUCCUCGGGGGCCUUGCAUGCCUCACCAGUGCUGCCCUCAUCCCGCAUUCAAACGAUAAACAUCAUACUCCUAGUCGUUCUGAGCCUGAGAACGGAUAUGUAUCCAUGGCCUACUUUGCAAGCUGGGCCAUAUACCGUGACCACUAUCCGCAGCAUAUUCCCGUCGACAAACUCACCCACGUCCUCUACGCCUUUGCCAACAUCACCAAAACUGGCGAGGUUCGGUUAUGGGAUCCAUGGGCUGACUAUGAUAAACACUUCCCCGGAGACCCACAGGAAGCAGAGAAAGACAAUGUCUACGGAUGCGUCAAACAAUUGGGUCUCCUAAAGCGGAAGAACAAACAUCUAAAAGUCCUUCUGUCGAUCGGCGGAUACACAAACUCAAACACAACUUGGGCUGGUAUUCUCAAAGUUGAGGCAAAUCGAAAGACGUUCGCCCAGACGGCUGUCGAGUUGAUGCAUAAUGUGGGAUUUGAUGGUUUAGAUAUCGAUUGGGAGUAUCCCAAAAAAGAGAGUGCAAAGGAUAUGGUGUCUCUCCUGAAGCAAGUAAGAGAGGAACUGGACAGUUGCAGUAAGCAGCAUGCGAAUGGCAAAAAGUUCCUCCUAACCAUCGCCUGCUCAGCCGGGCCGUCAAACUACAAGGCUCUCCAGAUGUCUGAGAUGGAUAAAUAUCUCGAUCUCUGGAACUUGAUGGCAUACGACUACGUCGGUAGUUGGGCCAAUGCAACGGGUCAUGCAGCUAACCUCUAUGGCAACUCCUCUAACCCUGAAACCACCCCCGCUAAUACAGAUGAUGCUAUAAAGUACUAUACUUCUAAUGGCGUGCCAUCCAACAAGAUUGUCCUUGGAAUGCCGCUUUACGGCCGCGCAUUCGUCAACACUACCGGGCCAGGUCAACCCUAUGUUGAUGUUGGGACGGGCAUGGGGGAUCCCGGAGUUUGGCAUUACAAGGUGCUGCCACUGGCUAACGCAACGGUUGUUGAGCUACCGGAUUUAGGGGCCAGUUAUAGUUAUGACGAGAAAAACAAGAUGUAUGUUUCGUAUGAUACAGUGAACAUGACCAUAGCCAAGGCGGACUAUAUCAAAAAGCAAGGCCUUGCAGGUGGAAUGUGGUGGGAGACCAGUAUGGAUAAAGUUGGGGAAAACAGCCUUAUUGACACGCUGGUUCGGGAACUCGGUGGGACUGACGCUUUGGAAAAAUCCGAAAAUUAUGUCAAUUACACCUGGUCGAAAUACGCAAAUGUCCGGGAUGGAUUCAAGGCCGAUCUGGAAACAUGA